UAUAAUUAUGAACUUUAGUUCCUGGCUGUCUAAACAUCUCUUGACUUGAAGUUGACAGUCAAAACAGAUUGUCAUGGAGACUCUUUUCAUAGCAGUUACACUAGUGCUCAUCACUACUGCACAAGGUGUCAGAAAUUGCACUAAUGGAGAUUUUGAGCUUAUCCAGGACUCAGCUGAUACUAGGAUAGUUGGUUAUGUUCAAUACUGCUUCAGAGGUGAAUGGGGGAGAGUAUGCAGAUGGAAUGGACACGUGACAUUGUGGGAUGUCAAUGAAGCUGCAGUUGCUUGUAGGCAGCUGGGAUAUACAUCUACAGGAGAUGCAUAUGUAAAUCAAUGUGAUAACACCUGGUCUAGAGGAUUUGUAGCGGUGAAUUGUAAUAAUGGUAUGGAAAGCUCUCUUGAAGACUGCAUACCAAUGGAAGAGGUUCGGCCUGGCUGUGACUGUGGCAAUCAAGCAAGGCUACGCUGUGAGCCAGCUGACUGUACUGAUAAAAACAUAAGACUGUUGGGAGGAUCCACUGACAGAGAGGGACGAGUGGAGGUGUGUGUGGGUGGUCGCUGGGGAAGUGUUCAAACAAAUCAGUCUUUGGAAGUUGCUGAAACUGUUUGCAGAAGCCAAUCACAAACACUGGACUUCUACAGCACAUCACCUAGUUACGUGUCACAGUUUGGCUACAGUCUCUCAAAGCCUGUUUACAGCUGCUUAUUAAACACCAAAGGAGGACUGGAAUGUUGUCUAAACUCAACAACCCCUGAUGACCAUACCAAGGACUUUGGAGUCUCAUGUAAAUCUGUACAAAAUGUGCUGAUGUGCUCUGACCAUCAAAGUGGUCAGUUCCGACUAGUGGAUGGGAGGAGCUACAACAAAGGCAGACUGGAGGUGUGUGUGGGUGGUCAGUGGAGAGGGGUCUGUACUAGUCUGAGCAACACAACUGCUGGAGAGAUUUGCACUCGACUGGGAUUCUCUGGAGAUGAACCCACUGUGACGAGCUUUGAACAAACCAGAGGAGAUGUCUACUGUUGCAAUACUAAACUCUACUGUACCCAAUGCAAUAAUGGCAAUCAGACAGUGAGCAUUGGUCUAAGGUGUCCUACAUAUCAAGCAACUACAAGUAGUCAGUGCCCUACUACAAUAAUAAACAUACCACAAAACAUAGUAACAACAACAGCACAGCAAAAUCAGACUGAGAGUACUACCGAUGGUGGAUCUGUAACUGCUGUGAUUGUUGUUCUAGUGUUGGCAAUGGCUACCGGAUGUAUAAUUACAUGUGCUGUUGUUGUUUGGAAAAGAAUCAGUGCUCGCAAAAAUAGCAUUAAACCGAGCAGUGCAUCAGGAGCUACUACAAUUGCUACAAUUCCAAAUGAAAGCUACACGUUUCAGCAAGUGCAAGAUGAACAACUUUACAGUGAGGCUACACCAGUUACACAUAACUACAGCACGGCAGUCCUUAACCACGAAGGUGUAACCAUGCAUCCCCCGGUCAUAGACACCUAUGAUGUAAUCGGUCAUAAUCAGCCAAGGUUGAAUAAAGCUCAGGCAGCCAACCCACCAUCAGUAAGAGAUGAAGCUAUCGAGAAUCAAGAAGACUUUCACAAUGCUGAGCAGCACCUUUACGCAGCCGUAAACAAGAAAGCCAAAAAAAGGUUAUCACCAGACGAGAGUCCAUAUGACAAGACCUUUGCUAAAGAGAAGGAUACCACCGCAAUGUUGGAGGGAGGAGAAUACUCAAAGCUGAGGCAGUAAUUGAACAUUCGUUUGUAAUUGUGGGAACGAUUACUAUAACAAAAUUCUAUACUAUUAUGGUAACUGUAGAGAUAGUAAUAGCUUCAUGUAUUAGAUCUAGCAAAAAUGGCAAUGAUAUUUAUGUGUGUGCAACCUAAAGGGAUUUGAGGAUCUGGUACAGGAGCAUCGUAUUAUGAGGACAUCAACAGCUAACAACAUUUCUGCCAGCUUUCAGAAAUAAUAUGAUAUUGUAGUCAUUGAUGCAGCAUAAAAUAAUAUUAACCCAGUC